CACAAACAUUGAUAAAAAAAAUUGAUUUUAAUUGCAAAAUUAAUACAGGUUUUCGUGUAAGCGAGAAAAAAAAUACAACACAAAAAUUGUACAUCGUAAAACGAACGUAAAAAAAAAAGAAAACGAAAAGCAAUUGAUCAUUGGAAAAUUCAAAUCUUGUAACUACUGCAUUUAGAAAAGUUGUUAAAUUCAAAACUCUGGUGUGUGUGUAUGUAUGUAUGUGUUUGUUUUAUGUGUAGUGGUGAUGCUUGUAAUCCAAAAACAUGUUCCAAACGAAUAAUGCCAUUCAACUUUUCACAAUUUUCGUCAUCAUGUUCAUGAUGACGAUGUUUGUUGGAUCGUCAAUCGAACAGCAACAUCUUAUAUUGAAUAAAACGAUAUGCAAUGAUAAACGUAUUGAACAUGUGGAUAGACAAUUUAUUCGUUUGAUUGGUAUCGGACGGGGUGGCCGUAAUUAUCCAACGAAAAAAGAAGAUGUCGGACCAUUUUGCAAGGAAACUGAUCGUAUAACAAGUGAUGUAGAAAAAUUUCUAAAUGAAUGUCUUCGUGAUGAUGCUUCUAGUGUUAGUAAAAUUUUUCUUUACAGCACUAAAAGACAUUGGAAAACAUUUUGUAGUAAAAAACGGCAAAAAAAACAACAAAAAUUAUUACAAGUUUCCAGUUGUUUCAAUACGAUAAUCAAUCAAAUCGAUUGUCUAGAAAUAUUUGCCAAUCGUACACGUGAUUUAAUACCAUAUAAUAUUGGUACUGAUAAAAUUGAUUACAUUUGUUGUAAUCAAGUGGAAUUGAUGCGUUGUGCUGACCGUUCAUUAACGAUACCGACUUGUAUGACCGACACUGGCCAUGAAACAUUAAUGGAACUAUUUCGUUCAAUAAAAGGUGAUAUCGUUAAUUAUGGUUGUGGUGAUUUCAAUGAAUUCACUGAUCUUUGUGAUAAAAUGAAACCAUUACAAAGGAAACAAUUGGAUAAGACCAUAGAAAUUAAUCGAAAAUUGAAAUCAUUCUUUUUCGCCGUAUUCAUGGCAAUUGAUUCUAUUCAAACGAAAAAAAAGUAAUCACUCAUCAUCAUUGUUUUUUUUUUCUUUGGAAAUUUUAAAUUUUUCAAUUCAUU